CUCAAGUUCACAAGGAUGUACCUGAAGUCAAGUCAGUCUUGUCUGUUUAUGGGACAUGCUGUUCCUUCCCCUUCAGCACAUAGGUGUGCACUGGCAUUAGGGCGGCCUGGUGCUGGGAGACGCUAUUUUUUGUUUAAGUUCUUGGUCAUUGGAAAUGCGGGGACUGGCAAGUCUUGCUUGCUUCACCAGUUCAUCGAAAAAAAAUUCAAAGAUGACUCGAAUCAUACAAUAGGAGUGGAAUUUGGCUCAAAGAUAAUAAAUGUUGGUGGUAAAUAUGUAAAGUUACAGAUAUGGGAUACAGCUGGCCAAGAGCGAUUCAGGUCGGUGACGAGAAGCUACUACCGAGGCGCCGCGGGGGCUCUGCUGGUCUACGACAUCACCAGCCGAGAAACCUACAAUGCGCUUACUAAUUGGUUAACAGAUGCCAGAAUGCUAGCAAGCCAGAACAUCGUCAUUAUACUCUGCGGGAAUAAGAAGGACCUGGAUGUGGACCGCGAAGUCACUUUCCUAGAAGCUUCCAGAUUUGCUCAAGAAAAUGAGCUGAUGUUUUUGGAAACAAGCGCACUAACAGGGGAGAAUGUGGAAGAGGCCUUUGUGCAAUGCGCAAGAAAAAUACUUAACAAAAUCGAAUCAGGUGAGCUGGACCCAGAAAGAAUGGGCUCAGGUAUUCAGUACGGAGAUGCUGCCUUGAGACAGCUGCGGUCCCCGCGUCGUGCACAGGCCCCAAGCGCGCAGGAGUGUGGCUGCUAG